UGAUGUGGCCAAAAUUUUCAGAAGAACUUAAUCCCAGUUACUGGCAUUACUUUAGAGUUUCAAUAUUUUUAUCCUCAUGUGGUGCGCUACUUCUAGCAAUAAUGAUACAUAUUAUUAUGGCCAUAAAAUAUAAAAUUUAUCAGCAUUUAAGCGGAAAUAAUGCCGGAUUUACCUCCAUGCUUGGCAUGAUAUACAUGAGUAUAAUUUAUGUGCAUCAUCAACCAAAAAUCGCUCUUUUGCUUAAAGAUUUAUCUAAUUUCGGAAAAUAUGGGAAACCGUCAGGUUUUGAUAAAGUAAACAAAAGGCUAAAUUUCUGGGCACCCGUGCCAUUUAUGUACCCAACAGUAGGUGUACUUUUUUACAGCUUUACUAAAUUCAAAAACAAGUCCAUUUGUGAAUUGGCAAAUGAAGGGAAAGCAGUAAAGGAUAUGUGUGGAGUUAUGUAUUCAUUUUGGAUUCCAUUCGACAUAAACUAUUUUCCAGUGAUUCAAAUAACUGCCUUGUGUGUGGCCACGUUGGUAAUAUUGCUAGUAAGGCUACGUACAGGAAUUGCGUUUCAAGCAUUGGAAAUCAUCCAGCAUGUAAUUUUAAGAAUCAGGCAACUAAACGUCAUGAUCGAAGACAUUUUUAAUGGUAAUGAUGAUCUCGUAACAAAAAGAAAAAAAUUAACGAAUUGUAUUUUAUAUCAUCAGGAAAUAAUAGAUAUGUCUGAAAAGUUAAACAAGUAUUUCUCUGGCAUUAUGGUAACACAUUUUGUAAUGACCUCCAUAAUCUGUGGAUGUAUAGAAAAGGAAAUCAUUGAUGGAACAUAUUACGCCGCAACUCAUCUUAUUUCUUGGAUUAUUACUCUUUUUCUCGUAUCGUUCGGAGGUCAAAAACUUAUGGAUGCAAGCCAAUCUGUAACAGAUACUCUUGUGGCAACCGACUGGUAUUCCGGAGACAUUUAUUUACAGAAAGACAUCCUCUUCAUGCUUCAAAGAUCACAAAAAUAUAUGUGCGUUCAUGUAGGUUCAUUUGGGCCAUUGUCUUAUGAAUUCUUUCUCGGAGUUAUAAAAAUGUCUUAUUCCAUCCUGGCUAUGUUAAAGUCUUAAUUUAUUUAUAAG